AUGGAUAAAAUCAUCUCCUGGAACGUCCGAGGAAUCAACAGCCAGCAAAAGCAAAAUAUGGUCAAGCAUUUUAUUGCUAUUCAAAAAGUUGGUUUGGUUGGUCUCCUUGAGACGAGAGUUAAGGCUCCAAAGCUUGGAGCCUUAUAUAUGAACAUGUUUUCGGGUUGGUGUUUUACUACUAAUUUGGCUUGGCAUAAGGGAGGAAGGAUUAUCUUAGCUUGGAAUCCCAAUCAGUUCAUAGUGUGUAUCCUGACUUGCUCGAGUCAACUUAUCCACAUUCGGGUUACAACUUUUGAUGGUAAAUAUCAAUUUUAUGCAACCUUCGUAUACGGAUUUAAUGAUGAACAAGGAAGGCAACAAUUGUGGCAGGGUUUACAAGGUCUUUCUAGUACUGAUCCAUGGAUAGUAUUAGGGGACUUUAAUGACAUCCUUCAUAAGGAAGAAAGAAUAGGUGACAGAGUAAGAAUUUUGGCUAAUGAGGCCUGGAUGGAAUUAUUGGCAACUGCAGAAGCUAUCUUUCUCACAGAAGGCUUGUUUGAUCAUACACCUGUAGUGGUUUCUAUACACCCUGCUAUGGAGAGUGGAAGGAAGCCUUUCAAGUAUUUUAGGAUGUGGUCUUCCCAUCCUAAUUUUCAGCAGAUUAUCUUGGCAGUUUGGAAUCAACAUGUGCAGGGCAUAAAAAUGUACCAGGUUGUUACCAAGUUAAAAGCUCUUAAAUCUUCCUUCAAAGAGCUAAACAAAUGUCACUUUUCUGACAUUCAAGCAGCUGAUGUUAAAUCUAGGCCAGAUCUAUUUGAUUGUCAAACCAGACUCCAAAAAGAUCCAUUGAGUAAAGGGUUGCAAGAGCAGGAGGCUGAUUCUAGGAAGAUAUAUGCGGAUGUACACAAAAACUACUGCUCUUUCUUGCACCAGAACUCGAGAAUGGCUUGGAUAAAGGAUGGAAUGAAAAUUCUUGUAACACCCUAA